GUCUACGCCUACCACGAGGCCAUCAAGGAGUCCGACCGCGCCGCCGCCCUCGCCGCGUUCCUGUCCCCCGCGUCCCUCCUCGCCGCCCCCACCACGCCGCCGGUCGUGCUGGUCUGCACCGACCGCACGUCUCGCGGCAUAGACUCGGUGUACUGCGAGCAUGUGGUGCUGUUCGACUUUCCGCGGGACCCGUCGGAAUAUGUGCGCCGCGCGGGCCGCACCGCGCGCGGCGCGGGCGGCAGGGGCGUGGUGAGCGUGCUGGUGCUGGGGAAGCAGGUGCCGCUGGCGCGGGAGAUCAUAGAUCAGAACCAGAAGGGGCGCCCGGUGCAUCGCAUCCCGGAGGUCGAGGGGCGCUGGUGA